AUGUACGAAUCUGCAGGUAGACGCUCCAGGCCGUUUCGUCGCAGUCGAUCUGUCCACUCACUGUCCACGUCAAACGUUCUGUCUUUGACGAGCCCGUCCAGAACAGUUCCGUUGGCCUACUCCUCCCUACACCACCUAAAAUACGUAUCUGAAAUCUAUCGGCCAAAAGUGUACAAUCGCUACUGGCAAGAUUCGGACAUAUGGGACGACUACGCCUGGGACAGUCGCCAUUACAUGAGCCCUUUGUAUUGGUCGACAUACUACUGGCCACUUCGACGUUACUACUACUAUGAUUUGCCGUAUUCUUGGAAUUGGUAUUAUCCAACGAUAUCCUAUUAUCCGCGAUAUUCGCGUUCGUAUUUCCUCGACUCCAUAGAUCCGGUGUUUUGGCGACGAUACGACAACUAUCGCUAUUACCCGCAAUGGUGGAAGUACCGUAGUGAGUACGACUACGAUGACGUAAAGUCGAGAAUCCGUUGGUACCGUCGGAAUAUUUUGGAUUACGACAGCCUGGAGCGAUACUGGCUGAGGCCGCGAUACCUCGAUCGUAUUUCGUCCAUCUACAGUAGCGAUUCGUACCGACCGGUAUGGUACAGCUCUCCUCGUCGGUAUUACUACAGUUUUAGUACACUGUAA